GGAAAGUCAAAAGCUGGGGCCUCAGGAAAAGCCAGUGAGACUUCUAAAGCCCAAAAGGCCAAGAAGUCUGUCCUGAAGGGUGUUCAGCGUGCACCAAAGAGGAAGGUGCGCACAAAUGUUCAUUUUUACCGUCCUAAAACUUUGAGCCUUCGAAGAGCUCCCAAGUAUCCUCGGCAUUCUGCUCCCAGGACCAACAAACUGGAUCACUAUGCAAUUAUUAAGCAUCCUUUGACAACAGAGUCAGCCAUGAAGAAGAUUGAAGACAAUAACACACUUGUGUUUAUUGUUGAUGUGAGAGCUAACAAGCCACAGAUCAAGGCCUCUGUGAAGAAGUUGUAUGAUAUUGAUGCCUCCAAGGUCAACACCCUUAUAAGGUACCUAAAAUCAUGCAACAUGUCUUUCUCAAUUAUUAUUUCUCUUAUGUUAUCAACAUUUAUGCUAUAAACAAAUUGUCUGAAGUUCAGUAGUAAAGUUUUUGUUAAGAGCAAGAUUUGGUAAAGUUGUUGGAGCAUCUGGAGCUUAGCUAUCAUUGCACGGAUAAUUUUCUCUAAGAAAGAUAUUAUUACAAAUUUUUCUCUUUCUGAUUGCUACCUAGCCUACAAAAAAGCACCCUGUCCACCAGUUAACAGAGUCCUUCCUUUAAUGUCACACAGGCCUAGCAAGACUCCAAAACCCUUUCACUCCUAACACUACCUUUGUAUGAUGUGAGUUGACAUUACAUGCUCAGUGUUAGAUCAGUUUUCCUCAAAUUUUGCAUUGAAAGAAUAGUGAAUGAUCUGCACAUCAAAGACGAAGAGUCUUACCCCCUUCUACACAAGUCUUCUAGUACGACCCUUACAACUCUAUGACCUCUUUGACUGAAUGAUUUUGCACAACAACCAAUACAUUAAGCCAAGGGGUAUACUAAAAAAAAAAUAUACAAGGCCUCAUAUAUGAAGCCGUUUUUUUGAAAACCAAGUACAGUACCUAACAAAAAUUUCAGUUGUUUGAGUGAAAAGACGUCAAAAGGCAUGUUUCUUAAGCCCGAGGAGCUCCAAAAUCAUAGUAACGAAGAGAAAGGAAAGGAGAAAAAGAAAGAGUGAGGAGAAGGAAAGGAGGAGAUGAAAAAAAGAGCAAUGGUUGCACUCUUAGUUUUUAUAAUAGCUACUUUGGAGAUAGUUUUUGGCUGGAAAAAAACUGUUCAAUGCAAAAGGUCUCUUGGCGAUAAUAAUAUCAUAAAUCCGGCUAGAUAUACAUAGCCUUAUUUUGGACAUUUCCUACUUUUUUGUGUAAGGCCAGUAUUUUUUAGACCUUUGGAAUCUCACACUAAUUGGCAUUUUUCUGCAUUAGACCUGAUGGACAGAAGAAAGCUUAUGUCAGGCUGGCACCCGAUUAUGAUGCCUUGGAUGUUGCAAAUAAGGUU